AGAACAUCCUGCUGCGUCUGGAGGAGCAGUCCCACAAAGUAUCUGCAGGGGAGAGCAGCACCUCCUCUGCACUGAAGAUUACAUUUUUUCAAGAGCUUAGAUUUUGGGUAAUUAUCAGUGUUAUUAUUCUGUUCUACUUUUGAAUGUUUAGGGGGUGGGAAUGAUGUAAAUCUAACUGAGGUGAUGUACUCUCUUAUACAGAUGCUCAAAUGGGUCAUCAGGCCAAACUUAGAAUCGUACUCAAGGACCAUGACAUACGGAAACUGGAUUUACCUCAUGGAAUUCCUGGGACAGUGGUUGAACUUGAGUCUAUUGUGAGAGAGACAUUUGGGCUUGAUGGGAACUUUACUUUGCAUUAUCAGGAUGCUGAUUUUGGAGAGGAAUAUUUUUCUCUCACCUCAACAAAUGACAUCAAGGACAAGGACACAAUCAAAGUGGUACACAUUGUUGAACCUCCCACAGUAAAUCUGACAUUUACUGAUGUGGACAGCUCCUUCGAAAGUGCAUCAGACGUCUCCGUCCAUGCAGCUUCCUCCGUCCAUGCUUCAGAGACCUCCGUCCAUCCUUCUAACAGCAGUUGCUCAUCUGGAUCGCAGGAUACCCUGAUUCUUUCAUCACCUGAACACGUGACUCAGCGUUCUCAGUGUUGGCCUAUUGAAUUUCCAGUACCUCGCUUUGCCUACGGCACAGAGCUUGUUCUUGCAUCUGGAAAUGAGGCUUUCAAGAAGGAUGGAGUUCAACUCAACUUUACCACGAUCCUUCCAGACAUCCUUGAGAAAUUGGCUGAAAGCAUCUUUCAAUAUGUUGCCUACCCGACCAGUGCGCAGCUUGCUAAUGUUACUGAGGCGCUGAUUCAGAAGCAUCCUUGCCUUAAAGAACCAGGAUCAUAUAAUGGAUGCUACGGAUGGCAACAAAGACUUAAAUAUAAAAUGGGCAACUAUAGAUCUAAACUUAGAGGGCUCGGGUGCCCUGAGAUUGAUGUGAACUCUCUCUCAAAAAAAAGAGCACAUGAGAAGGCAUCCGCAAAGAAUAUAAAAAAGCCAAGAAAGGCAGAGGUAAACUAUUUACCCCCUCACCCACAAGGAGAAACAGAAGGAAGCUUGGAACAUCAAAGAGUGGAGCUCCUUAAUGAAGUUAAGAAAAGGAACAACUGUCAGACCAUCAGCGAAAAAAUGGCAAAGACAUUCUCCAGUCGCAGACAGGAAGUUGUCAAUCUAGCACCACCAGUCAGUGACUUCAAAGAUCGAUGGCCUGCUCUUUUUGAUGCAGCACAGAUAAACGAAGAAUUCAGAAGGAUCACCACUGCUAACCUGGAAACAACGUUCAUGUCAAAACUGGACCAGUACUCCCCCAAAAUAAUGACCUUGGCCUCAUCAACAGGGGGGGCUGCAAAAAUGAAGAUCCAGCGGAUAAGGAACAUGCUGCUAGAGGAUGGUGAAGUGCAGGAUACUGAUGAAGUGAUGAAGGUUGUCGUCACCAGGGGUGCCAUAAUGACUGAUCCAGCCAGUGCAAGGAUAGUGAUCGAGGGAACAGAAGUCCUGUGCCUUGUUGAUGGGGCUGAUAUACGCGCUCAACCUCAGCUACCCAAAACAACUGAUGAAAACUUUUGA